AAAACAUUUUCCUCUCUCUCUCUCUCUCUCUCUCUCUCUCUCUCUCUCUCUAGUUUUAUAUAUCAUAGCUUGCUCACUACAGAUUUUCAGACAACAAACUCCUAGUUAAACCUAAGUAUCCCCUCUCCUAUUAGCAACAAUGUUGAAGCCACAGCUUCACCAGUCACACCUUUCAACAAAAAUCCCUUUUCUACUACCUAAACCAUUCAUCCAUGGCAGUGGUCAUGCUUCUUUUCCUGUGUAUUCAAGGUCCUUGUCCCCUAAAGCAAACAAAAAAGUUCGUGAUGGCUAUAAACAUGGAAGCAUUAAAUCUAUAGCAAGUGUCACACAGCAGUCCACAGAUGUUAAGGCUGUGGUGACUGUGAAAGAAACAGUAGUUGAUUUUUGGACAGAAAUAGGGAUAGAACGAGGACUUGAUGAUUUUACAGACCUGAUUGGCAAAACACUCCUCUUGGAGCUUGUUAGUGCCGAGCUUGACCCAAAGACGGGAUUAGAGAAGCCCUCGAUUCAAAAGUACGCGCACAAGAUAGAUCAUGAAGGAGAGGAUAUCAAGUAUGAAGCGAAUUUUGUGGUUCCACCAGAUUUUGGAGAGAUCGGUGCCAUUUUUGUUGAAAAUGAGCACCAUAAAGAAAUGUACCUUCAUGAUGUUGUGCUUGAUGGCUUCCCUGCUGGACCAGUUCAUGUGACUUGCGAUUCAUGGAUCCAUCCGAAGUUUGACAAUAAAAAGAAGAGAAUCUUUUUCACUAAUAAGUCAUACUUGCCAUCAGAAACACCAAAUGGAUUGACAAAACUGAGAAAGGAAGAACUCGAGACUUUACGAGGCAAUGACAAUGGAGAACGAAAGAAAGGUGAAAGGAUCUACGACUAUGAUGUGUACAAUGAUCUUGGAAAUCCUGAUAGUGAUCCAGAGACAGCAAGGCCGGUGCUAGGUGGCAAAGAGCACCCGUACCCUAGGCGUUGCCGUACUGGCCGACCACGGACCGAGUCAGAUCCACUUACGGAGACAAGGAGUAGCAGCUUCUACGUGCCUCGAGAUGAAGAAUUCUCAGAAAUAAAGAUGGGCACGUUUUCUGCCAAGACUCUCAAAUCAGUAUUGCAUGCCCUAGUACCUUCUCUAUCAACCGCUAUUGUUGACAGUGAACUUGGAUUCCCAUUCUUCAGUUCCAUUGACGCACUAUUCAAUGAAGGAAUCAAUUUGCCUCCCCUUAAGAAACAGGGGUUUUGGAAAGAUCUUCUGCCUAACCUUUUCAGGGCCAUAUCUGAUGGAACUAAAGAUAUCUUGAAAUUUGAGACUCCUGAUACCAUGGAGAGAGACAGAUUUUUUUGGUUUAGGGAUGAAGAAUUUGCUAGACAGACUCUUUCUGGUCUCAACCCUUGUAGCAUCAAAAUGGUCACGGAAUGGCCAUUAAGGAGUAAACUAGACCCUGAAAUCUACGGUCCCCAAGAAUCAGCAAUCACUACAGAAAUGGUUGAGCAAGAAAUCAAAGGGUUCAUGACAUGUGGACAGGCAGUAAAAGAUCAGAAGCUUUUCAUCCUUGACUACCAUGAUUUAUUCCUACCUUUUGUAAGCAAAAUAAGAGAGCUGAAAGGCACGACACUAUACGGGUCACGGACAUUGUUCUUCUUAACCCAUGAAGGAACAUUGAGACCACUAGCUAUUGAGCUCACUCGACCACCGAUGGAUGGUAAGCCGCAAUGGAAGCAAGUGUUUAGACCAGCUUGGCAUUCCACUGGUGUUUGGCUUUGGAGGCUUGCCAAAGCUCAUGUCCUUGCACAUGAGUCUGGCUAUCACCAACUUAUUAGUCACUGGCUAAGAACACAUUGCUGCACAGAACCAUACAUAAUCGCGGCCAAUCGCCAACUUAGUGAAAUGCAUCCAAUCUACAGACUCUUGCACCCGCAUUUCCGGUACACAAUGGAGAUCAAUGCUCUAGCUCGACAAUAUCUAAUUAGUGCAAAAGGGGUUAUAGAGACGUCAUUCUUUCCUGGCAAGUAUUCUAUGGAAUUAAGCUCUGUUGUCUAUGAUCAAGAAUGGCGGUUUGACUACCAGGCGCUGCCCAAGGAUCUAAUAAACAGGGGAAUGGCUGUGGAAGAUCCAUCUGCUCCACAUGGAUUGAAAUUGAUGGUGGAAGACUAUCCAUACGCCAAUGAUGGUUUGGUUUUAUGGGAUAUCAUCAAAGAGUGGGUUAGUGACUAUGUCAAUCACUACUAUCCAGACUCAAGUCUCAUUGUGUCUGAUAAUGAGCUCCAAGCAUGGUGGACAGAAGUUCGAACAGUAGGUCACGCUGACAAGAAAGAUGAACCCUGGUGGCCUGUGCUUAAAACACCUCAGGACCUUAUUGAAACCCUGACAACUAUCAUAUGGAUAGCCUCCGGUCAUCAUGCCGCAGUGAAUUUCGGACAAUAUACAUAUGCAGGAUACUUUCCAAAUAGGCCUACAACUGCUAGGAUGAAUAUGCCAACCGAAGACCCGAACGAUGAGUUGCUGAAACUAUUUUGUGAGAAACCUGAAGUGAUACUAUUGACAACAUUCCCUUCACAAAUUCAGGCCACAACAGUGAUGGCUAUAUUGGAUGUGCUAUCAAAUCAUUCUCCCGAUGAGGAGUAUCUUGGGCAGCAAAUAGAGCCAGCAUGGACAGAGGAACCGGCUAUAAAUGCGGCUUUCGUGAAGUUCAAUGGGAGGUUGAAGGAGUUUGAAGGAAUUAUUGAUGAAAGGAAUGCUGACAUUAAAUUGAAGAAUAGAAACGGAGCUGGCGUUGUGCCUUAUGAGCUUCUGAAGCCAUUUUCUGACCCUGGAGUUACAGGAAAAGGAGUUCCUUACAGCAUCUCUAUCUGAAGUUUGAAAACUUGUAAUGCUAUGGAAAAAAAAAAUAUAUGUUGGAGUUUUGUUGCGCUA